GCCAUAAAAGCGUGCCACGCCUCUGCUGAUUGGGCGUGACGAAGGAUUUGUCAAGAUCCGCGCGUGGCAAUCGACCCGAAAGCUCACUUUGCAUUUUGCAGGCUUUCCCCCAAGCACCUCCUCCUCACCCAUCAUGGCUGUCACCAUCGGUAUCAACGGCUUUGGCCGCAUCGGUCGCCUCGUCUGCCGCGCCGCCUUUGCCAACCCCAACGCGACGGUCGUCGCCAUCAACGACCCGUUCAUGGACCUCGAGUACAUGGCCUACCUCUUCAAGUACGACUCGACGCACGGCGGCUACAAGGGCACGGUCGUCGUCGAGGGCAACAACCUCGACUUUGUCUCGGACAAGCGCUCGUCCAUCUUUGACGCCAACGCGUGCAUCGCGCUCAACGACAACUUUGUCAAGCUCGUGUCGUGGUACGACAACGAGUGGGGCUACUCGAACCGCCUCGUCGACCUCGUCUUGCACAUGGCCACCGUCGACAACUAA